UUGUUUGCUCUACCAGUUUUGGGAUUUUGACGAGCUGCAACAGGUUGUGGUGUCUUAUUUUCGAGCCUAGAAGCGCGAAGAUCAUCGCACCAGUAACAGUUUGGCAUUGACAGUUGGAUAUUUCACACCUAUCACUGAGAGAGGGUUCUUUAAAUUCCAUUUCAAAUAAAGAAAAUGAAUAUUUUCGUCUGGGUAACACUUACCCUAUCAGUCUAUGUGAGAUGUUCCACAGCACAAGGAAAGAAGUUUGUCUGUAGCUUCUCCCCAUCUAAAGCCGAUUUGAUUGGUUAUCAACCAGAGAACAUACCGUUGGAAGUGUGUCCAGAUGUGAUCUUCAAAGCGUUCAGCUUCCCAAGCAUCGUAGGACGGCAAAUACUGUUCAGUGACAAUGACAAGAUAGCCUUCAGUCGUGUGGUUUCCAGUGUACGAAAGCGUUCGAAUACAGCACGUAUUGUGGCGUCCAUCGAUGGAACUGCUCGUGAUUUUGCCACUACAUCUAUCGCGAUCGUACGCAGAAAAGCGUUUGUACAAGCCGCGGUCGCGUUGCUGCUUGAGCUAGAUGCAGAUGCAAUCGAACUCAACUGGAAAGCAUCUAGAAACAGUGGAAACGAUCGUAUCACAAUGGUGCAACUCCUGCAAGAUCUUCGUCAUGCGGUAAAUGCAGCGAGCAAAAGCAGAAAUCGUAACCGAGAACUAUGGUUCCGAGGAUCGCUGCAUCCGAGCCUCCUCGCCGAUGCUUACAAUAUAUUCGAUGUGUGUGAACUGGUCGAUCACGUCACACUGGAUCCCAGCACUGCCGAAUCAUUGGAAAACUCUCAUGCACCACUGUAUGGAACACCACAAGAACUAGGAAUGUAUAUUCCAAACAUUGGAAAUGUAUAUUAUCCAAAGACUGGCUUUAAUACAACCAUACAGCGCUGGAUUGAUGAGGGAUGUGCGCCCAAGAAGCUACUGCUUGGAAUUGGUUUGUACGGCAUAAGCAGGGUUUUCUCACCGGCAUUGGCGCCGUAUCUUUAUAACAAAGUGAAUUUGUUAGCACCAAACGGUACACACCUAGAGCAUCGAGAGCUAUGUAAAUAUAUAAGAGAAGCAGGUUGGAGCUAUGCCUGGGAUGGCUAUGGUGGCAUGCCAUACGUGACACGAGCGCUGCAGAACGGACUAGUGGAACGGAUUAGCUAUGAAGACUUGGACUCGCUGCGUCUCAAGAUGGAUAUGGUGGAGCAGAAGCGGUUCGGUGGCAUUUACAUCGAUUUUGUGCACUCGGACGACAUCUACGGAAGCUGUGGACAGGCAUAUACACUAACAUCUUAUCUAUCAAGACGAGUGCGUACAAUACCGUCCGACAUUGGGUUUGCCAUCGAGUGGAAUUAGAAAUUUGGAUGAACAAAUUGUGUGUUCAUGCGAUUAUUCGAGGCGCAAGAAGAAUUGUGUCUUCGCUAGUCACCACAAGAGGGCCUACUGUUAUUCCUAUUUGGUGCUUGACGGAAGCAAUGGGUGUUAGUUGAAAAUUGUGUGGACAUCAGCUUGAUUUGAUUAUAAAUUGAUCAUUUGUUAUC